AUUACAAAACUAAUAUUAUUCCCAGCAAUCACUAAUUACUUUCUCUUCUCUACUUUCUUCUCCUUUCCCUUUCUCACUCCUCCACUUUCUCUCUCUAACUCCUCUCUCUCAUUCUCACUCUUCCUUCCCGGAACCCUAAUUUCAUCUCCGAUAACAAUUUCCGGCAUCUCCGGGACCGGGUCUCGCCGGAGAACAAAACGACCCGAUCUAUUUUCCGUCAAACAUUGUAACAGUGAGAGAUCGGAAAAUGUACAAGAACCAGCUUCAAGAGCUGGCGCAGAGGAGCUGCUUCAAUCUUCCUUCAUACACUUGCAUUCGUGAAGGUCCUGAUCACGCUCCAAGGUUUAAAGCUACCGUUAACUUUAACGGCGAGAUCUUCGAGAGUCCUCACUACUGUUCAACUCUCCGUCAAGCUGAACACUCCGCUGCUGAAGUUGCUCUCAAUUCGCUUUCACAUCGUGGUCCUUCUCACUCUCUCGCUGCUAAGAUUCUCGACGAGACUGGAGUCUACAAGAACCUCUUGCAAGAAAUUUCACAACGAGUCGGGGCUCCAUUGCCUCAGUACACAACAUUCAGAUCAGGCCUAGGACAUUUACCUGUUUUUACUGGGAUAGUAGAAUUGGCAGGUAUCACUUUUACUGGUGAACCUGCCAAGAAUAAGAAACAAGCCGAGAAGAAUGCAGCUAUGGCAGCUUGGUCUUCUUUAAAGCAAUUGGCAAAAGAGACUGCUAGCUCUUCAACUGAACCUGAGAACAAUGACGAAUUAGAACAGAUCACCAUAGCACGGGCUUUGCUGAACUACCGUCUAAAAGAAAAGAUGGCAAUGUCCAAUCCAAAUGCUCCGAUUCCAUUUCAGAAAAAGUUUCAGAUUCAAAAUAUCAGGCCGACUAGUUCUCAACCUUCUGCCACCACAUCAAAGAUCCUUCCCCUAAUUUGCAAAAAGACAAGACCUCAAUACAAACCUUCACCAGCAACAGCAAAUGAAAAUCCUCGAAGCAGGCAUCCGCCAGCAGCAGCAACCAAUGACAAGUCCAUGGUGCAUCCGCCACAAUCUUCUGCACUAGAAAGCCGGGUGACCCGUCCUCUGAGGUUCCCUGCAGCAGGAGCAGCACCUUAUGUUCCCAUUCGACAAAUGAGAUCACCUUGCCAUGGGAUUGCACCUCCAGUGGCUAUGAGGACCAUAGUACCUGUGUUCUCCGCACCACCUCUGCCACCACCUGCGUCAGUCCAUCAGGUUAUACGGGCUCCUCCUGUACGAGUAGCUCCUCCGGUCAGUAUUCGGCAAGCUGUUCCUGUAUAUGCCGCCCCGCCACCAAGAAAAGAUGAACCUUCCCCUGUCCAAAAAGAUCUACCUGCCAGUAAUGCCCCUGUCGAGCAAGAUAAGCUUCCAGCUAAAAUUCUAGAGAUGGACAAGACUGAGAACAACCCACAUCAAUCCGAGACUUUGCUGAGUUUGGAUCAGCUGAAAAUUUGAAAUUUAUUUGAGUGGGUCUGAAUUCAUUAGAUCACCAUCAUGUUUUUGUUGUGAUAGCUUGGUUCGCAUCCUAUAAUGAGUGAUGUAAAAUUAUCCCUUCCUUUUUCCUUCUUACCCCAUUUUGUCCUGUUAAAUUCAAGGGUUGGCACAGGUUAAUUAGCAUCAGCAGUACAAUUUCUGUAAAAUUUAAGAGCAGUUUGGCAUAAUUUUACUAGUUUGUACUGUAAGUAUGUAUGUCAUAUUUUAUCAUACCUUUUUAGCAAGUAUGCGAGCUUGAUUAAUGAUUAUUGCUCGCCUUAUCCUA